CAGUGCCUUGUUGUCGCCUUGUGAAAGAGGUACAAAAUGGCUUACAGCGUGACUCUGAAUGGACCUGGACCAUGGGGUUUCCGACUGCAAGGGGGCAAGGACUUCAACAUGCCCUUGACCAUCUCCAGGAUCACCCCUGGCAGCAAGGCAGCACAGUCACAGAUGAACCAAGGGGACCUUGUGGUAGCCAUUGAUGGAGUCAACACUGACAGCAUGACCCACUUAGAGGCCCAGAACAAGAUCAAGUCAGCCAGCCACAACUUGAGCCUCACUCUUCAGAAAUCUAAACGUCCAGUGCCAGUUUCAACCACAGCACCCAGAAUUGACUCUCCCAGGGCUGUAAUUCCCCACCAGAAGGAACCUGCUUGGGAAAUCAAUGGCAACAGAACAACCUUCAGUCCUCUAACUAACACGGCGACUGGGCCUAUGGGUAGUAUUUUAGCAACCAAUGGAACGUUUUCAGGCUACCUCAACAAGCAAGAGAUCAGCUUUUCAAAUAGCUCUUCCUACUUAAAGACUACCACAGUUAGAUCUUCCAUGUCCUCUCAGUCUGUGACUCCUGACAUUUCACCUGCAAAGAGUAAUCUAGGUUCAAAACUAAGCCCUGUAUUGACUGAUGGCAAUAGUCCUUUACACCAGCUGAGCCCUGCAAGGCAGUAUAACAACCCUAUUGGCCUUUACUCAGCAGAGACUCUAAGGGAAAUGGCUGAGAUGCAUAAAUUAAGUCUCAACCGAAGGGCUUCGGAAGGUGGACUUCCUAGAGGCACCCUGCCUCUUAAAGAUCCUCACGUAGACAGUGCCUCUCCGGUGUACCAGGCUGUGCUUAAAACUCAGAACAAGCCUGAAGAUGAAACCGAAGACUGGAGUCGCCGCUCUGCCAAUCUGCAGUCUAGGUCUUUCCGCAUCCUUGCCCAGAUGACUGGAACGGAGUACAUGCAAGAUCCAGAUGAAGAAGCCCUGAGGAGGUCAAGGGAAAGGUUUGAAACGGAACGUAACAGCCCACGCUUUGCCAAAUUGCGCAACUGGCAUCACGGCCUAUCGGCGCAAAUCCUUAAUGUUAAAAGUUAAAAGCCCGCAUUUAGCAGGCAAAUACACGAGACAGAGAAUUACAGUAACAAAUUAACUGCUGUCCUGAGUUAGAGCCUAAGAGUGUCACACACGCAGGAACGACUUACUGCUAGGGCCUUUCUCUGAGUGCCUGUCUUCUGUAGAUUUCUGUUGUUAGCCUGGUAUCCAUUCACUGUCACCAAAAGUAAAAAUAAUGACACAACCCGGUUC